CUCCUUACUUUUGUCACUGUAUUUGCAGGUUUUCUCCCUGUGUCCUGCAAGCAGCUAGGGUUGCCUACUCUUUCAUCAAACUCUCACAUCCAAUAAUAAUAAACCCUAUCUUGCCUAAGCAAUUUCCCCCCAUUCAAUGGCAGCAGCUCCUGCAUAGUCUUUUUCCUAGGAAACAUUCAACCAACGGAUCGGGAAAGAGCCUACUCAUCAACAAAGAGAAGAUCAUCAUGGCUUCUUCCAGUUAUUCCAAUUCUCCAUGUGCUGCCUGCAAGUUCUUGAGGAGGAAAUGCAUGCCUGAUUGCAUUUUUGCACCAUAUUUUCCUCCUGAGGAGCCACAAAAAUUUGCCAACGUCCACAAGAUUUUCGGAGCAAGCAACGUUAGCAAACUCUUGAAUGAGGUGAUGCCUCAUCAGAGGGAAGAUGCAGUGAACUCUCUUGCCUACGAAGCCGAGGCACGGAUGAAAGAUCCGGUCUAUGGCUGUGUUGGAGCGAUUUCCGUCCUCCAACGACAAGUCAUUCGACUCCAAAGAGAAUUAGAUGCCACAAAUGCUGAUCUGAUCCGCUAUGCCUGCAAUGAAGUCCCGCCUGCAACAUCUCAGUUUGGGUCAAGAAGGAGUUCAGGUCAUGGGCAAGGAUCUGUUGGUGAUCAAAAUUCUGGCUUCUACUUUCCCUAUAAUAAUGAUCAUUUUGGAGAUGGCCAUGACAGAGGUGAAGGUAGCAUGUAAUUAUUCAUAAAUAAUCGACAAUCUAUCACUGUAUUUGCAUAGUUAUGAGCUAUAAGGAACCCUUUUAGGGUUUCUUAUUUUCUAUAUAUAUGAGCUUAUAAGGGACUGUGAUAUAUAUUAUUAUGUGGGAAUAUUAUUUUGUUAAUUAAA